AUGGCCGCCUCCCUGGCACGGGUGUUGGCGCUCUUGGCCUGGGCCUUGGCUGGGAUCAGCCCCCAGGGCGCAGCCCCGGAAGACCCCGAUUCGUAUCUGCAGGAGCUCUGGAGCCCCGAGCCCUUCUACGAGCGCCCGGGCACCACCGAGCCCCAACCCUUCUCGCCCCAGCAGCCCGCGGGCCCCGCGGAGGACCGGGGCGCCCUCAGCCCGCCAGAGCCCAAGCCAGCCAGGGAGGCCACCAAGCCCAAGACGGCGCCGGGGAGGGAGAGGUCAGCCGCCCGGACGCCCCCACCAGGGAAAAAUAGCAACAGAAAAGGCCGGAGAAGCAAGGGUCUGGAGAAGGCUGCCAGCGACGAUCACGGUGUUCCAGCGGCCCCAGCAGAUCUCAGAGAGAGUUGCCCUCCUCUUGGCUUGGAGACCUUGAAAAUCACAGACUUCCAGCUCCACGCCUCCACCACAAAGCGCUACGGCCUCGGAGCCCAUCGGGGGAGACUCAACAUCCAGGCAGGCAUUAAUGAGAACGACUUUUAUGAUGGGGCGUGGUGUGCUGGCCGGAAUGACCUCCAGCAGUGGAUUGAAGUGGACGCUCGGCGCCUGACCAGGUUUACGGGAGUCAUCACCCAAGGAAGGAACUCGCUCUGGCUGAGUGACUGGGUGACGUCCUAUAAAGUCAUGGUGAGCAAUGACAGCCACUCCUGGGUCACCGUUAAGAAUGGAUCUGGAGACAUGAUAUUUGAAGGAAACAGCGAGAAGGAGAUCCCAGUACUCAAUGAGCUGCCCGUCCCCAUGGUGGCCCGCUACAUCCGCAUAAACCCCCAGUCCUGGUUUGACAACGGGAGCAUCUGUCUGAGGAUGGAGGUCCUCGGCUGCCCCUUGCCAGAUCCCAAUAACUAUUAUCAUCGACGUAAUGAGAUGACCACCACUGACGACCUGGAUUUUAAACAUCACAACUAUAAGGAAAUGCGGCAGUUGAUGAAGGUUGUGAACGAAAUGUGCCCCAAUAUCACCAGGAUUUACAACAUUGGCAAAAGCCACCAGGGCCUAAAGCUGUAUGCUGUGGAGAUCUCCGACCACCCUGGGGAACAUGAAGUUGGUGAGCCCGAGUUCCACUACAUCGCUGGAGCCCACGGCAAUGAGGUGUUGGGCCGUGAACUGCUGUUACUGCUACUGCAGUUCCUGUGUCAGGAGUACCUGGCCCAGAACGCACGCGUCGUGCGCCUGGUGGAAGAGACCCGGAUCCACAUCCUCCCCUCCCUCAAUCCUGAUGGCUACGAGAAGGCCUGCGAAGGGGGCUCGGAGCUGGGAGGCUGGUCCCUGGGCCGUUGGACUCAUGAUGGGAUUGACAUCAACAACAACUUUCCUGACUUAAACACCCUGCUCUGGGAGGCGGAGGACCGACAGAAUGUCCCGAGGAAAGUUCCCAACCACUACAUUGCCAUCCCUGAGUGGUUCCUGUCUGAAAAUGCCACGGUGGCCAUGGAGACCAGAGCGGUCAUCGCUUGGAUGGAAAAGAUCCCUUUUGUGCUGGGCGGCAACCUACAGGGGGGUGAGCUGGUGGUGGCGUACCCCUACGACAUGGUGCGGUCCCUGUGGAAGACCCAGGAGCACACCCCCACGCCCGACGAUCACGUCUUCCGCUGGCUGGCCUACUCCUAUGCCUCCACUCACCGUCUCAUGACAGAUGCCCGGAGGAGGGUGUGCCACACAGAAGACUUCCAAAAGGAGGAGGGAACCGUUAACGGGGCUUCCUGGCAUACCGUUGCUGGAAGUCUGAAUGACUUCAGCUACCUCCAUACAAACUGCUUCGAGCUGUCCAUCUACGUGGGUUGUGAUAAAUACCCGCAUGAGAGCGAGCUGCCUGAAGAGUGGGAGAACAAUCGGGAAUCUCUGAUCGUAUUCAUGGAACAGGUUCAUCGUGGCAUCAAAGGCGUGGUGAGAGAUUUACACGGAAAAGGGAUUCCCAAUGCCAUUAUCUCCGUGGAAGGCGUUAACCAUGACAUCAGAACAGCUAGCGAUGGGGAUUACUGGCGCCUGCUGAACCCCGGAGAAUACGUGGUCACGGCGAAGGCAGAAGGCUUCACCGCCUCCACCAAGACCUGCAAUGUGGGCUAUGACAUGGGGCCCACGCAGUGCAAUUUCACGCUCAGCAAGACCAACCUGGCCAGGAUCAGAGAGAUCAUGGAGAAGUUUGGGAAGCAGCCCGGCAGGCGACUGAAACUCCGGGGACGGAAGAGAAGACAGCGCGCGUGACCCUCCUGGACACAUGAGAUGCAUCCCGGAGCCUGCAAGGGAAAUGUGCCCCGGUACUAGCCCUGUAGAGGACCUGCCCACUGUUUCGUCUGUAGUUCAAGCAGCGCCUGAGAGCAGGUGUGCACUGCUACGCAGGCCCUGCCGGUCUUUUCUUGGUUCCCAUUUAUCCGAAAAUGCCUUGGAUAGAGCGGCUGGUGGGAGAGAGUCAGCCUGGGAUUCUGAGAGAGAGGAGCCUCCUGGCUGCCCACCCCCCUCCCCCACCCCCCCCACCUCAAGAAUUCCCUGUGCAUUGUGCAUUCGCAGCUGGCACAGCCGGCACUGCAGACCCCUGCUGUCCCCUGUGUUGCCAUUUGAGCAGCUCUCUGUCCCCUGGCCUGGGGACAUUCUGGGCUGCUACACACACACACACACACGCCACGUUCUCUUGACAAUAGAGGCAUUAUUCAGUGAGCAUCAGUGUGCCCCAUGAAUCGGCUUCGUUUUCUUUUUGUAACAAAGGCUAUGUCCUUCUAGCGCAGAGAUCCUUUGGGAGGGCUUCCGGGGCAGCAGGCCUCCUGGGGCUUGUGGCGUGCAAGCUGAGUCCUCCAGGAAUCUUGCCUCCCCCCAAACUCCCCCUCGCUGUUCCCGUGGUCCCAGGGCCUCUACAAAUGGGGAGAGCCAGAUGUGGCGGCCUUCCCAAGGGCCAGGCAGGUGAGCCUCAGUUUCCUCCGCAGGCUCCUCUUGUGGGGGUGGGUGCCGGCACUGGGGCCUCCUCCUCGGUAGCCCUGCUUUGCUCUUCUCAGAAACAAGGACUCUCACAUGUUCUCAAUAUUUCGUCUUCUGCAUUUGUAGCCAAGAGAAGCCAGGAAGCCCCACACCGUUGGCUUUUCUCACGACCCCUGGCCCUUCCCAGGUGGGGCUGUCGGGAUGGGAGUUCUUUGAGGUGUAGGAUGCCAGUCUUCCCAAGUUGGGCAGCAAAUAUGGGAUGAUUAACGCUUAGGAUUGUCUUGUGGAGCACUUGUGUGGGAAGGGUUAAUGCAUUCAUAAUCAAUGCAAGGAAACAGCUGUAUCUCACCUCUUCUUCACGUGGCUGCCUUGAGAAGAAUGAAGA